AUGCAAUUCCGUUACCUUGUGCAGUCGACAUGCAUUGACAAGAAUGAUCUUAAGCUUAUCUCCAGUGCACUGGAUGAAUUCCAUGCAAAGAAGGACAUGAUUAUCACUACUGGGGCUCGCCGGGGGCAACACAAUAAUAUCAUUGAUAAUUGGCAUAUACCCAAGCUUGAAUUGAUGCAGAGUAUUAUUAAGGACCCCGCAAGAUCUAGCAACAACAACAACUAUGAUCCGCAGAUCUGUCAUCAUCUCGACCGAGCCGACAAGUGUCAUCGAUUUGAGCUCGCCACCAACCUUUUAGAUUGUGCUCAAAGUUUUCCAGUGCAAGAUGUCGACGUAGACCCCAAAGAUGGCGAUGUAGACAUUGACGCUGACGAAAGUACUAUUGAGCGUUUGUCUGUGAUCCAUUCAUCUGGACACUCACGUCCCAUCACCAACUAUUUUUCUAUUGCGAAGGUGCUCCAGCAUAGAGAUUCAGUACCAUUACCUCUACGCUCAUUUGUCGUCAAACACACGGCCUUCCAUCUUUCCUAUGAUCCCGCCAUUAGGAAUGUCACUGUUGAUGAAAUUGCGGACAGGUUUGCUAUUGCUGAUUAUCUUCAACAUGAGGCCACCUUUAGAUACAAUCACGUUCAUCCGAUAGGCGGUCCUAGAAGAGCUGGACCUAUGGCCAUACUUCCCUUUGAUAAACUUCAAGUUUGGAUCAAAAUUCAUCUUCAAGACAUGGAAUUUCAUGAUCCUUGUCGUAUUCGACCUGCUCAGACACUGAACUGUGCACCACCUGUCAUUGUCUGGACUGAAGCAGGGUACUCUUGGCCAACUAGUGGCCUUUCAGGUCACGCUGUAGCACAGCUUCGACUUAUCAUGCAUCCCAUUGCCAAACGUGGCACCCCUUCGACAUGGAAAAAUCAGUUUUUAACCUACGUUCAACGCUUUAAUAUCUCUGGUGAUCGCGACCCGACCACACAGCUGUAUUUGCUCAAGAGAGCAAAACGAUCUAAUGGGACUCAUAUGGGGGAUGUUGUACCUGUCUCUCAAUUGAGGGCACCUGUCAAUCUCGUUCCGCACUUUGGCGCUAUUGCGGACAUGCGUCUCACUGCAUAUAAUAGUUUGGAACACGCAUCGGAGUUCUGGUUAAAUCACUUUUGGGAUAAAAAUACCUUUUUUUCCUUUAUCAGUGUAGUAAUGUGUAGAUGA